AGCAGGAGAGAAGGAGGGGGAGAGGAGGGGCCGUGAAUUCAACAACUGUUGCCCGGACUGAGGUUCUCUGUUUGGGUGGAUCAACCGGCGAGCCAGCGAGCUGCAGAGGAGUGCGUGACUGUGUGAGGGGCGGCUGCUGUGUUUUACAUUUCGCUCGGACGACUAACGUAGCGCCUCGCCUCUCAGAGGGAACACCUGUGCGGAGGGCGGCUCGUCGGAAGACACGCGGGGCCGAGCCCUCGGCAGCAGGCGCGCGUGAAUGACUUCAGUGGAUGAGGACUUGGCCGCUGGAGGCAGGGAACCUGCCGAACAUGGGCUCCCCUCACUAGUUAACGCGGGUGGUGAGGAGAAGCAGAUCUGUCCGGUCAUCAUGAGCACCCUGGCCUAUCCUGACCCCGUCCCUGAGUGCCAGCUGUUCCCCAAAGAGGCAGAAGAGCCCGUGGAGGAAGAAGAGGGCAGGGAGCGGGAAUCUGAUAGAGACAGUGCUGUAGAAAGCACCCAGGGAUCAGACACCUUAGACAGGCUCACCAGACUUGGAGAUAAAGAGGAGACACUGGGGGAAUUGUUUUUCCCCGGGGAGAAGGCUGGGCAGACUAGUAUCUCGGUGACCUCUGACCUUUCGACACGUUCUUCGGCUUCCCUGAACGAGGAGCAGUUUGAGGACUACGGAGAGGGGGAUGACCCAGACUACACUCCCAGCAGCCCCUGUCUGGAGGACGAGACUCGCACCAACGGCUGCUCUGACCUCGGCUCAUCUGUGCCCUCAAGCGCGGGCCAGACACCACGCAAAGUGCGGCACCAUUACGCCGGCGAACUCAUGGAUGUCUACUGUUCACAGUGCAGCAAAAAGGUCAACCAGCUCAAUGACCUGGAGGUUCGCCUCAAACACCUCAGAGCGAACAGUCCCAACAGAAAAAUCUCCAGCACGGCCUUUGGAAGGCAGCUGCUUCACAACAGCAACCUGAGCAGCAGUAACGGAAGCACAGAGGACCUUUUCAGAGACAGCAUUGACUCCUGUGACGUCGACAUCAACGAGAAGGUGAGUUCUCUUGAGAAGAAGGUGGCAGAACUGGAAAAUGAGAUUGUGAUGAAUGGAGAUCUCAAGUCCAGGCUAAAGCAGGAGAAUACACAGCUAGUACACAGAGUUAAUGAACUGGAAGAGCUGCUCAAGGACCAAGAAACCCGAGCAGAACAAACUCUGCAGGAGGAGACACGGAGGCACAGGGAGGCCUACAUCAAGAUGGAGAGGGACAAAAGCACGCACAUAGAACUACUUCACAGUCGGGUAAAGCAGCUGGAAGAUGAAAACAUGGAGAUGUCUCUUAACCUGUGCCGUCUGAAGUCACAGACAGAGAAGCUGGACGAGGAGAAGCAGAGGAUGACCAAUAAGCUGGAGGACACCAGUCUGCGACUGAAGGAUGAAAUGGACCUCUACAGAAAAAUGAUGGACAAACUGAAGCAGAACAGACAGCAGUUCCAGACAGAGAAGGAAGCCAUGCAGGAGCUAAUAGAGGACCUGCGCCGAGAGCUGGAGCAUUUGCAGCUCUUCAAGCUGGAGGCAGAGAAGCCCGGCCGGGGCCGCAGCUCUUCCUCUGGACUCGCAGACCUCAGCUGCAGGACCAGGGAGGUAGAGCUUGAGCACGAGGUCAAGAGACUCAGGCAGUCGUUUACAUCCCAGGACUUUCUUCCCCCUGAAUUCCAUCAGCUGCUGUUAUCUGGGGCUCGGCUCUGCCCCGACGUCAUGGAGAACCACAAACUGAAAGAACAGAACGACGAGCUAAACGGUCAGAUCCUCAGCCUGAGCCUGUUUGAAGCCAAGAACCUGUUUGCCACGCAGACCAAGGCCCAGUCUCUAGCAGCUGAAAUAGAGAAUGCUUCCAGAGACCAGUUGAUGGAUGCCCUAAAGCAGCAGGAGGAAAUCAACAUACGUCUGAGGCAGUACAUGGACAAAAUCAUCCUAUCCAUUCUCGAUCAUAACCCUUCCAUUCUGGAGAUCAAGAACUAACAGCGGAGAACCUGCAGGAAAACGGUUCCUAAUCUCAGGCAAAGUGGGCUUUUUCCAACUGCCUGAUCAGAACCUGCAGGCAAGUCAGGACAGGAACCUGUACAGAUGAAAGACAAGGUGAAGCGGACUCGGUCUCGCCCGUGACUGUUCAGUGCUUGUUGUAUUGGGACUUUACUCUCAAAGGUGAAGUUAAAUCUUCAGUUGAGGUAAAGGGACUUAACCAAUGCUUACUGCCUAAUAGCUUAGAAACUGUAACUGUUCAUCUCAGUCUCCAACUGUAUUCACUCUGUGCUCUGAAAUGUGUUUGUACUACUUUGGUCUAAUGCGAGGAAUUGAUAACUUUUACGCACACAUGACUCGUUUUCAUUUAGAACUGACAGUCAGCGUAUGAAACGGGAUGUGAUAUACUUGAACCUAAAUACUGGAAUACAGUAACAUCUACUGCUGUAAUAAUGGGUGUCUAAUUCAGAAGCAUCUUUUUUUUUUAAAUAUAUGCAUCAACACAUUUUGGAAAGUACAUUAACAUAAGUUAAGAAGCAGACAUGAAGGCGAGAAGGCGAGCCCGCUGCCUGAGCUGCAAACCAAUAUCCAUCGUGGAGGGGUUUUUUUUCAGACUGCACUUAUUUAAACAAACGUGCUUAAGAAGACUGAAGGGGAUGAGGCAGAUUUUAUCAGAAUAAAAUAGAAAUGCAAAACAAUAAACAGCACAAUUGUUGUUGAGGUUAAGUGUGCUGGCGAAAAAGGAAUUUUGUAAAGUCUUUGAAAGUGCGAUGAAGGUGACAACUUUAUUUAUAAUCUUAAUAAGAUGUCUUCCAAGGAACCUUGCAAACAGCACUUGAAGUGUCAAUCAUUACAACAGUGAACCUUUUCACAAAGAAGUGUCCCUUAGUUGGUUAAGACUGCUGCUUUAUGGCACGGACGUGGCAAUCAGGGAGGGUCUUUUAACUGGAACUUCCAUUCUAGGAGCUGGCAAAGCCAGAACUGAAAACUGAUUUUGUAUUUCUGCUGGAGUAAUUGACCCAAACAAUGUUGCACAGAGGAGUCGUGAUAUGAAUGUACUGGAUGUGUGGUGGAUGUACUUUGGACUGAUUGAAAGGCUUUCUGAAGAUCUGUUCUCAGUGAGGUCGACACAGAUUCUGGAUGGAAGCGCGCGAACAGGAGACUAAACCUUUUUUUGGCUAAAAACAUGAUUAAGUGAAACCCAAAUAACUCCCUGAAACUAAUGCUGUAAAUAUCAUGAAUGUACAACUUCACAGUUUAGUUUCUAUAUGAUCAAAAGAUCAUUCAAAAUAAAAAUACAGUCAGAUUUCACAUUAAAACAAAGAAAUCUACAGUAUUCAGGUGUGUAGGAGGGUGGGCAUCUGCUGUAUUAUGUAACUAUUCUUAACCAGUUUUGCGUCCUUGCACAAACAUUUCGUUUUGUUUGCAUGGUCCUUUUCUUUUUCUUCUGUCUGUGCCUUUUCAAGGACAUUCUUCAAGAUUGAGGGUACAUUCUGUCUAUAUGUUUUUGAACUGUAAAUGUACUUUGUAUUCAUGUGCCACUCACUGUUUUUCUCAAACUGGUACUAAAAAAAACUAUUUUGUACUGUUUUAUCAAGAAAAGGCUACCCUUUUAUUGCAUAGAAAGGAAUGCUUUAGCUGUACAGCUCAAUGCUUUAUAUGGUACUCAAGCCAGAUAUGUUUUGUGAGUAAUUAUAACAUUUUUCUCUUUUCAUUGUUUUUUUUGUGUUAGUUUAAAUGCGCUUCUAUUCAUUUCAUUUUAAACUGGCUUUUUACAUCCUGUCAUCCUACUUAUUUACUCACAACUAUAAGCAAUAUUAACUUAUUACAGUACUUUACUGAUUUGUGUUUGGUUUUUCUCCACAAACCUGACCUCUCAGUAGUACUUGGUGCCAUUAAAGAUUUGAAUCAAAUCAAAGGGUACAUCCUGUUGAAAAAAUUAAGUCUCCGACUUCUGUUGCUCUGAAAGGUUUUCAUGAUAAAGUCUAUUUGCCACUUGAAUCUGCAAUAAAAAUUGCUUUUACGGUUCUUCUGUCACAACGGUGUUUGAAUUCUCCCUCUGUUGUGUGGACUGAGGGGGAAGCAGGCGGAGAUAGAUUCUUAUGUUAAUAAAACCAAAAAAGCAACCUGU